AUGAGUACAACAUUUCACCCUGCCACAGAUGGACAAACUGAGAGAACUAUUCAAACCUUGGAAGAUAUGUUGAGAGCUUGUGUCAUAGACUUCCAAGGGGGAUUGGAAGAUAGCUUGGACUUAAUUGAAUUUUCUUACAAUAAUCGAUCCCAUGCGAGUAUUGAUACAGUUAAGCAGUUAAAAGAGAUUCAAGCUAAGAUUCAAGCAGCACAAGACCGUCAAAAGAGUUAUGCAGAUUUGAAGCGAAGAGAGGAAGAGUUUGAAGUUGGUGAUAAAGUGUUGUUGAAAGUGUCACCAAUGAAAGGUGUUAUGAGAUUUGGGAAGAAAGGAAAACUUAGCCCAAAGUAUAUACCUGAUAAGUCACAUGUGCUACAACCGGAAACAAUUGAGUUAGAUAAAAUUUUAAUUUACGAGGAAAGACUUGUCAAGAUCCUUGACAGUAAAGUGCGUAGUACACGCAACAAGGAAGCUAAGAUUGUUAAGGUGUUAUGGUCUAACCAAGAAUAUGAGGAAGCAACUCGGGAAGCUGAGGAUGAGAUGAGAAAGAAAUACCCUGAGUUGUUUGAGUGGGAGUUAAGAUCCUGUGUUAAGGAUUGUGGUGUGGUUAUUGUGGUAAGAGAGGUUACAGGUGCGGUUGUUGGGGGUUUGAACAAGAAGUUGGCCUUGGCUAAGGUGAAGUGUGUUCUUUGUUGGAGUAGUUCUGGUUUGGUUUCUGUUCCCUCAGAUGUAAAGAAUCUUGUGAUCAUUACUCUUGAUUCUUGUUAUCUGAAGCAGGCGCCCAAACUUUGUUUUGGGGUUUCUCGAGCCUCGAAGUUGUCAAAGCUUUCUUGCCAACAAGGAAAGCUAUUGAUUGGAAGGUCACUAGGUUGUAAACUCUGA